ACCGGACUGGCUGUGCCCACGAUACCCUGAAUGCCAAGCGCAGUGGAAGCAGAGGAGACUGUGUCCCGUUAGCUCCUCCCUCCCUUAUCCCUUUAGUUUGGGUUUGUUUCUAUUUAUUUUGUGGCUGGGUUUGGGCAUGGCCUUGGCUGGAUGUGAGGCUGCUGCGAUGUGGCUCCUUUGGCUCAAGCACCACUUGUCCAUCAACGUUUGGACCUUGCUGCUCUUGGGGAGCACCUGGCUACCGCUGGCGGAAGGCAGCCCCAAGUCUCCCUUUAGGACUUUCCCGGUUUCAGACUGGAGCUUGACGCACUUGGUGGUCCACAACAAAACCGGGGAGGUCUACGUGGGGGCUGUCAAUCGGAUCUACAAGCUCUCCAACAACCUCACGCUCCUGCGGACGCACGUGACGGGCCCCGUGGAGGACAAUGAGAAGUGUUACCCUCCGCCCAGCGUCCAGUCCUGCCCGCACGGGCUGGUCACCACCAACAACGUGAACAAACUGCUGCUGGUGGACUACUCGGGGAACCGGCUCAUCGCCUGCGGCAGUGCCUCGCAGGGUAUCUGCCAGUUCCUGCGGCUCGAUGACCUCUUCAAGCUGGGCGAGCCCCACCACCGCAAGGAGCACUACCUCUCCAGCGUCAACGAGUCGGGCACCAUGUCUGGGGUCAUCAUCGAGGUGCUGAACGGGCAGAACAAGCUCUUCAUUGGGACGCCCAUUGAUGGGAAGUCGGAGUACUUCCCCACCCUGUCCAGCCGCAAGCUGAUGGCCAACGAGGAGAACGCGGAGAUGUUUGGCUUUGUCUACCAGGACGAGUUUGUGUCCUCACAGCUCAAGAUCCCCUCGGAUACGCUCUCCAAGUUCCCCACCUUCGACAUCUACUACAUCUACAGCUUCAGCAGCGAGCAGUUUGUGUACUACCUGACCCUGCAGCUGGACACCCAGCUCACCUCGCCCGACUCCACCGGGGAGCAGUUCUUCACCUCCAAGAUUGUCCGCCUCUGUGUGGAUGACCCCAAGUUCUACUCCUACGUGGAGUUCCCCAUCGGCUGCGUGCAGGACGGCAUCGAGUACCGCCUCAUCCAGGACGCCUACCUGACCAAGCCUGGCAAGGCUUUGGCCAAGUACCUGGGCAUCUCGGAGCAGGAGGAUAUCCUCUUCACCAUCUUCUCCCAGGGCCAGAAAAACAGGGUUAAGCCUCCCAAGGAGUCUGUGCUCUGCCUCUUCACGUUGAAGAAGAUCAAGGAUAAGAUCAAGGAGCGUAUCCAGUCGUGCUACAGAGGGGAAGGGAAGCUCUCGCUGCCCUGGCUCUUGAAUAAGGAGCUGGGCUGCAUCAACUCGCCGCUGCAGAUCGACGACAACUUCUGCGGGCAGGAUUUUAACCAGCCCCUGGGCGGGACCGUCACCAUCGAGGGGACCCCGCUCUUCGUGGACAAGGAGGAUGGGAUGACCUCGGUGGCUGCCUACGACUACAGGGGACAGACCGUCGUGUUCGCGGGCACGCGGAGCGGGAAGAUCAAGAAGAUCCUGGUGGACCUGCCAGCCGAGAGGAAGCACCAAGCGCUGCAGUACGAGAACGUCGUGGCCCACGAGGGCAGCUCCAUCCUGCGGGACCUGGUGCUGAGCCCUGAUCGCCAGCACAUCUAUGCCAUGACUGAGAAGCAGGUGACACGGGUGCCGGUGGAGAGCUGUGAGCAGUACGAGAGCUGUGAGCUGUGCCUGGGCUCCCGGGACCCCCACUGUGGCUGGUGUGUCCUCCACAAUGUAUGCUCACGCAAGGACCGGUGCGAGCGGGCGGACGAGCCGCAGCGCUUCGCCUCCGACCUGCGGCAGUGUGUGCAGCUCUCCAUCCAGCCCAAGAACAUCUCCGUCACCAUGUCUGAGGUCCCGCUGGUCCUGCAGGCCUGGAAUGUCCCAGACCUCUCGGCAGGAGUCAACUGCUCCUUUGAAGACUUCACCGAGUCCGAGAGCCGCAUUGAAGAUGGGAGGAUCUACUGCAGCUCUCCCUCUGCCAAGGACGUCAUCCCCAUCACCAGAGGCCGCGGGGACAAGCGAGUGGUGAAGCUCUACCUGAAAUCGAAGGAGACGGGGAAGAAGUUUGCCUCCGUGGAUUUUGUUUUCUACAACUGCAGCGUCCAUCAGUCCUGCCUGUCCUGUGUGAACGGCUCCUUCCCCUGCCACUGGUGCAAGUACCGCCACAUCUGCACCCACAACGCUGCCGACUGCUCCUUCCUGGAGGGACGUGUCAAGCUCUCCGAGGACUGCCCCCAGAUCCUGCCCUCCACCCAGAUCUACAUCCCCGUUGGGGUGGUGAAACCCAUCACCCUGACGGCCAAGAACCUGCCGCAGCCGCAGUCCGGGCAGCGCAACUACGAGUGCAUCUUCCACAUCCCUGGCAGCACCACCCGUGUCACCGCCCUGCGCUUCAACAGCACCAGCAUCCAGUGCCAGAACACCUCGUAUUUCUAUGAAGGGAAUGACAUCAGCGACCUGCCAGUCAACUUGUCCGUGGUCUGGAAUGGGAACUUUGUCAUUGACAACCCCCAGAACAUCCAGGCCCACCUGUACAAGUGCUCGGCGCUGCGGGAGAGCUGCGGGCUGUGCCUCAAGGCUGACCCGCGCUUCGAGUGCGGCUGGUGCGUGUCGGAGCGGCGCUGCUCGCUGCGGCAGCACUGCCUGGCCUACGAGAGCAGCUGGAUGCACGCCACCAGUGGCAACAGCCGCUGCACCGACCCCAAGAUCACCAAGCUGUUCCCUGAGACCGGCCCCAGGCAAGGAGGGACCCGUCUGACCAUCACUGGCGAGAACCUGGGCCUCAAGUUUGAAGAUGUUCGCUGGGGCGUUCGGGUUGGCAAAGUGAUGUGCAUCCCCAUCGAGAGCGAGUACAUCAGCGCUGAGCAGAUCGUGUGUGAGAUCGGAGAUGCCAGCCCGAGCAAGGUCCACGAGGCACGGGUCGAAGUGUGCAUCCGCGACUGCUCGCCCAGCUACCGGGCCACGUCCCCCAAGAGCUUCACCUUCGUGACACCCACUUUCUCCCGCGUGAUCCCAGCUCGGGGUCCUCUCUCCGGCGGCACCUGGAUCGCCAUCGAAGGCAGCCACCUCAACGCCGGCAGCAACGUCUCUGUCACCAUCGGGGGACGGCCCUGUGCUUUUUCCUGGUGAGGGGCACAGAGGGGAUGCCCGGUUGAGAUCCGGUGCAGGACCCCUCCUGGGCACAGCCCCGGCGGCUCUCCCAUCCUCAUCAACAUCAACCGGGCAGAGCUGAGCAACCCCGAGGUGAAGUACAACUACACCGAGGACCCCACCAUCCAGAAGAUCGAUCCCGAGUGGAGCAUCAACAGUGGUGGGACGCUGCUGACUGUGACCCGCCCAACUUGGCACCAUCAAAGAGCCAGGAUCCGGGCCAGUACGUGCAGCUCUGAAAGGGAGAACAACUGCACCGUCUACAACGACACGACCAUGGUGUGCUACGCUCCCUCCAUCGACAACCCUGUGCGGAGCCCUCCGGAGGUGGGCGACCGCCCGGAUGAGAUUGGCUUCAUCAUGGAUAACGUCCAGGCCCUGCUCAUCAUCAACACCACCAACUUCGUCUACUACCCAGACCCUGUCUUCGAGCCCCUCAGCCCCACGGGGAUGCUGGAGCUGAAGCCCAGCUCUCCCCUCAUCCUCAAGGGCAGGAACCUGCUCCCACCGGCUGCUGGUAACUCCCGCCUGAACUACACGGUGCUGAUCGGAGACACCCCCUGCACCCUGACAGUGUCUGAGACCCAGCUCCUCUGCGAGUCCCCCAACCUCACCGGCCAGCACAAAGUCACGAUCAAGGCUGGAGGGUUCGAGUUCUCCCCGGGAACGCUGCAGAUCUACUCGGACAGCCUGCUCACCCUGCCUGCCAUCAUUGGGAUCGGUGGAGGAGGUGGCCUGCUCCUCCUCAUCAUCAUCAUCGUCCUCAUCGCAUACAAGCGCAAAUCCCGGGAUGCUGACCGGACCCUGAAACGCCUCCAGCUGCAGAUGGACAACCUGGAGUCCCGGGUGGCCCUGGAAUGCAAAGAGGCCUUCGCUGAGCUGCAGACUGACAUCAAUGAGCUGACCAACGACCUGGACGGCGCCGGCAUCCCCUUUCUGGAUUACCGCACCUACGCCAUGCGCGUUCUCUUCCCGGGGAUAGAAGACCACCCCUUUGCUCUAUCCUUGCAGGUCCAGGCAAACGUGGAGAAGUCCCUGACCCUCUUUGGGCAGCUCCUGAACAAGAAGCACUUCUUGCUGACCUUCAUCCGCACGCUGGAGGCUCAGCGCAGCUUCUCCAUGCGGGACCGCGGCAACGUGGCCUCGCUCAUCAUGACGGCGCUGCAGGGCGAGAUGGAGUACGCCACGGGCGUGCUGAAGCAGCUCCUCUCCGACCUCAUUGAGAAGAACCUGGAGAGUAAGAACCAUCCCAAACUGCUCCUGAGGAGGACGGAGUCGGUGGCAGAGAAGAUGCUGACGAAUUGGUUCACGUUUCUGCUGUACAAGUUUCUGAAGGAGUGUGCUGGGGAACCGCUCUUCAUGCUCUACUGCGCCAUCAAGCAGCAGAUGGAGAAGGGGCCCAUUGAUGCCAUCACAGGAGAGGCUCGCUACUCCCUCAGCGAAGAUAAGCUGAUCCGGCAGCAAAUUGACUACAAAAUGCUGACCCUCAACUGCGUGAACCCUGAGAAUGAGAACGCCUCAGAGAUCCCUGUCAAGGUGCUGAACUGCGACACCAUCACGCAGGUGAAAGAGAAGCUGCUGGACGCUGUCUACAAGGGGGUGCCCUAUUCCCAGCGCCCCAAAGCCGGAGACAUGGACCUGGAGUGGCGGCAGGGCAGGAUGGCCCGGAUCAUACUGCAGGAUGAGGAUGUCACCACAAAGAUUGACAAUGACUGGAAGAGGCUGAACACCCUGGCCCACUACCAGGUGACAGACGGCUCCUCGGUGGCCCUGGUGCCCAAGCAGAACUCAGCGUACAACAUCUCCAACUCCUCCACCUUCACCAAGUCCCUCAGCAGAUACGAGAGCAUGCUGCGCACAGCCAGCAGCCCCGACAGCCUGCGCUCCCGGACCCCCAUGAUCACCCCCGACCUGGAGAGUGGCACCAAGCUCUGGCACCUGGUGAAGAACCACGACCACAUGGACCAGCGCGAGGGCGACCGAGGCAGCAAGAUGGUCUCCGAAAUCUACCUGACCCGCCUGUUGGCCACCAAGGGCACCCUGCAGAAGUUCGUGGAUGACCUGUUUGAAACCAUCUUCAGCACAGCACAUCGUGGGAGCGCGCUGCCCCUCGCCAUCAAAUACAUGUUUGAUUUCCUGGAUGAACAAGCUGAUAAGCAUCAGAUCAAUGAUUACGAUGUCAGGCACACCUGGAAGAGUAACUGUCUACCUCUACGUUUUUGGGUGAAUGUGAUUAAGAACCCCCAGUUUGUGUUCGACAUUCACAAGAACAGUAUUACUGAUGCCUGCCUAUCCGUGGUGGCUCAGACAUUCAUGGACUCCUGCUCAACUUCUGAGCACAAGCUAGGAAAAGACUCUCCCUCCAACAAACUACUGUACGCCAAGGACAUCCCCAACUACAAGAGCUGGGUAGAAAGAUAUUAUGCAGAUAUAGCUAAAAUGCCAGCGAUCAGCGACCAGGACAUGAGCGCGUACCUGGCGGAGCAGUCGCGGUUACACCUCAGCCAGUUCAACAGCAUGAGCGCGCUGCACGAGAUCUACUCCUACAUCACCAAGUACAAAGACGAGAUCCUAGCCGCGCUGGAGAAGGACGAGCAGGCGCGGCGGCAGCGGCUGAGGAGUAAGCUGGAGCAGGCGAUCGACACAAUGGCCUUAAGCAGCUGAGACGGCGGCAGCGCGGUGCCAGCACCGAGGCAGCGGCGGCGGCACGGAACCGACCAGGGCACCCGUGGCCAGAAGAAGACUUUGGGGCUGGGACCGGCCGGACCCACGGACCCGCCGCGUCUCCGCACGCUUCCCACCAACGAACAAGGAAACCUCCUCGCGCUCCAGCGGAUCAAACCCCAACCCACAUCCCGAUGGCAGCGGCAACGUCGAUAACACCCCCUUGACCCACACACGAACCACACCCCCCAAUCCAACCGGGAUGCAGCAGGGACCUUGCAGAGAGGCGAUGCCGGGGGGGGGACGAGAAGGGGGUCACUUGCCCCAUGGACCCGCUGGGCAUCCCUUGCCCGGGCAGAGCCCACGAGGACGGAGGGUCGGGACCGCGGGGCUUGAGGAUGGCGUUGGGAUGUUGUUGUUGCUUUGGUGGAGGGAGGGGGGUGGGCUCCUGUUUUUACUGUUCUUGACUUGCUCUCCCCUCCUUCCUCCUGCUCUCCUCCUCCUCUUCCUCUCUGGUUUUCUGUCUCUCCCCCCUUCUCUCUCUCUCUCUGGCCUUCUGCCGCUAGUGUUAACUGCUACAUUUGCACAAUUUACAUGAGACAAAAUUUUUAAUUUAAAGAGAAAAUAACAAAAAAAUGGGAGGGGAAAAGACAAGAAAAAACCCAACCAAUAUUCUACUAAAUUUUUGCAAUGAACUAACAAAACUGGUUUUAAAAACUGAGCUAAAGGACUGAUGCUGGGGAGGUUUGGGGGUGGGCAGGAAAGGGAGGAAUCCCUGAGCUUUUUGAUAUUUCUGAACUACGUCCUGUGCCAUGUUUUAUUUGAAUGUUGUUUAGUGCGGAAAAACACAAAAAAUAGUUAAAAAAAAAAGAGUGGGAGUUUUGUUAGCUGAGUAGAUGCUCUUAUUGAAAUGCUGCUGGAAUGGGUCCGGAGGUCAGGGUCAGAGAGGAAGGGGGGUCCCAAGGUUGGCUUUUACUUUUCCUGGCGGAGCACUAUGGAGUGGUCGGUGUUUUGUUGGGCUUAUCCCUGUUUUCCCGGCCCAUUGGCCAUGGGGAGGUCUUGGAAGCGCUGCCCAUGGGACGAUGCUGGGGCUUGGGGGCUGCUGGGGGGUUUGUGCAGGGCCAGCCUGGGGUUUAUGGCAGAUCCCUUGGUGCUGGAGCAGCCUUAACGAAGCCUCUUUAUGUUUUUUUCCUCCUCAUCAUCUUGUGCUGAUGCCGGGGAAGGGACCAGAUCCAUGGGGAAAGGGGAGGCAGCUCCUUUAUGUCUCCCAACUGUCAUCCCUGUGGCAAACCCCUCCAGGUGGCCACCCCACCAGGGGACUGGGAUGCUCGGCUGCAUGGGGCUGUCCACCCGGGAAGCCCACAUGUGUGCAGGACUUCCCGCCCCAGAUCGACCUUUCUUUCUCUGUCUUUUCCUUCUUUCUCCCCUUUUCCCUCCUCGCUGUCACCCCGUCUCCCCUCUACCACCUCCAUCCUGCCGGGGGGUUCACUGGGAACCCCGAGGUUCUCCCUCAGCCGCCCCCUUGGGAAUGUCAGAUCCUCGCAGGUUUGUGCUUUCCAGAGAUGCAAAGGUGCUGAAUGCUGCUCCAGACAGCAGCAGGUGACCAAAAACUUCCCAAAACCAUGAGCAAAACCCUUUCCUUUCCUGUACCAAGAGCUCCCGUCGCUGCCCAGCCCAUGGCACAUGGAGCCAGGCUCUGCCAGGAGCGAGUGGCUGUCGAAAUCCAAGUGGGAAGAAGCCCAGUUGAUUUCUGUCCGUUCCCUUAAAUCACAAGUUAAGGGGGGGAGAGAGGGAGAAAUAAUGAAGUUUUUAAUUAAAAAAAAGAAAAAAAAAAUAAAGUGUGUAUAUAUAUAUAUGUGGUUACAAUCUAAUUCUCGUGCCCCAGUGGGGUGCUGUAUAGUAAACGGAAGGAGAAUGGAACCAGUAUAACUAUGAAAUGAAUUUACACAGCCAGUUUAAAACAAACAACUAAAGCGAGAAAAGAAACCAAAUGGUCUGGAAGGAGUUUCCAAGCCUUUCUCACCACGCAGAACAAGCGUUUGAAGCCUGCACAUCUCUCAUUAUGUUGUGAUUUCGUUUGGUUUGGUUUUGUUUUAAGAAGGAGGGAAAGGAAGAAGAUGCUGAUUCAAAAGAAUGACAGAAAAGAAAAAACCCAACCACCAACCCAACCACAACAGCAAAACUGUGUUUGCAAAAGAAGUGAGAACUGUUUCCCUACGAACCCCGAGCUGUGGCUGGAUUCCUGAGAGCUGUGGGCUGUUGCAUGACUGUGCUAGAUUUUAGUCUGAGUUGAUCUUUUUAAGAAAAAGAAGAAAAAAGACCCUAUGAAACAACCCCCUGCAAGUGUUCACUAUUCGAGCUUUCUUUAGACCUAUUUUUAAUUUCAUUUGAAAUCAGUUUGUCACUUUCUUGGCCAAAAGAAUCAAAAAAAAAAAAAAAAAAGGCAAAAAGAAAAAGUCUUCAGAGGUUCACGUCUCAAAUGUGGUAUUUGGGAGCCUUAAAGGACACUUGUAAGUGGCCACUGCCGGCUGCUAGCACCCCCCUUGGGAGUCCCUUGGGGGGUCCUAUGUACACCCGCUGCCAUGGGGCAGAGGGGUGCUUGGGGCUCACUUUGGUGUGAGGUUGUCCCAAAGCUGCUUCCUUAGGGCAUUGGUGGAGGUCCUGGAUAUCGCCUGGAGGAUGGUGGCCGUGCAUCGGUGGUUGUUGUGAUCCAGUGGAAGGGGAGAGGUGGCUUCGAAGUGUCUCUGAAAGCAGCCUGGUGUGGUGGUAAGAGCAUCUUGGGGAGCUUUGGUUUGAGGGAGCCAAAGGUGUGGUUUUUGUGGUGAUUGAGAGGGGAUGGUGGGACCCUGCCCAUUGCUGGUUGGAGGGGAUGGAGAUGGGUUGCUAGGAGUGUUCCUUGUUGACAGUCGAGGGCUGGAAGCACUGUAAGAACAGAGAGUUUAUUGGCCUGAUGCUUUCCCAGCAGUGAUGCUGUGGGAAGUUCCACCUGAACAUAAGGAAGAGCUGCUUUACUGUGUGACUGAGCACUGGAAUAGGUGCCUGGAGAGGUUGUAGAGUCUUCUUCCCUGGAGAUACUCAAGAGCCAUCUGGACACAACCCUGAGUAAUGCGCUCUGGGUGACCCUGCUUGAGCAGGGAGGUUGGACCAGAUGACCUGUGGUGGUCCCUUCUUUCAACUGUCUUUUGAUUCUAUGAGUGCCCCCUUGGCCAGGCUGGAAGGACAGGCAAGUUUCUUGGCCAUGGUGGGCCCAGGUUGGAUUUGGGCAGCAGAGAGCUUCCUUGGGGGUCAUGCUGGCAGUGCCGUGGUGUGGCUGUGCUCUUUGGGCUCCCCUUCUGCUGUGGCUUGGCUCUUCCCACCCCAUAGCGAUGCUGAGAGCCCAUGGUGUUGGUCCUGGGGAUGGGUUCCCGUUGGCUUCCUCCUGGGGCAGCUUUGGGGUGUCUGCGGUUUGCUCCACCAAAGGAUGCCCCCAGCACCCCUCCACCCCUGCAGGGUCCCGUUGCUGCCGCUGACGGGUGGUGGUGGUCGAUGAGGUUAGCAUUGCAAUGCUGCCUGCAGCCUCCGGUGCUCCUUGGUGCUACCUUUGCCUUUCAUGUGAUGAUGCCCAGCGUCCUUAAUCAUGCCAGGCAGCCUGUCCUUCCUUACCCCUGCCUGGCCAUCCCUGCCUAACCCUGCCUAGGAACUGGGAAAGGCAGGGAGAGGCUGGGAAGCAUUCACAGGACUCUUCUUACUGGUGGUAUCACCCAUAAGGUGAAGCAUCCCCAGCCCUGAGCCUGCAUUUUGGGGAGUUCCUGGAGUCCCUCCCUGCCUUGCUCUGCUCACAUUGCCUUUUCUCUUCAGUUUGGGGUUCAAACCCAAGCGCAGUCCAGCCUGGAAGCAGCCCUGGUGUCCCCAGGAGCCCUGUGUCACCCCAAGGGCUGGUUCCAGCCUGGGGACAGGGAGCAGAGGAAUGGGUGGUGGGAUCCCCCCUGGGCUCACCUGCUCCCGACCAAAGCGCACAACGAGCUGUCCUUUAGGAAAGCAACGGGAAACCAAAUGUGGACCCGGUGAAAGGCAGAGAUUUAAUAGUUUUAAAACAUGAAAUGGGGAAAAAGAUGAUGAUAAUAAUGAUAAUAAUAAUGAUAAUAAUCGGGAGUCCUGAUGACCUUUCUGUGAUUGUUUCAGACUUGAAGCAACAGGCCAGCGUGGCUGGUCGACCGCCCUUUGAUCGUGUAAAUAUCCUGCUAUUUCCUAUUUUAAUGGUCUUCAGAUUUAGUACUUGUAAAUAAACACACGCAUCAAGGAGAGAUUAAACAUUUUUGCUAAA